AUGAGAGAAUGGCGACUGCCCUUCAUCAGGCUGUCCGCAAGAUCCGCCCUCAGGUGGUCCCUCACUCAGGCAGGGUGGAUGCACUACUUCCUUGCAUGCACCCGCCAUGCUUGCGACGAGCGCAUAGUAGAGGUACUCAUUGCUGUUGGAGUUCGGCCGGUGCCUGCUGAGCUUGUUGAGCUCGGAGCGAGCGGCGAACUGCGAGACCCAGAGAUCAGCCUAUGGUUGGGGAAUCGAGCCGCUUGGCAUGGGGCGGCCAUGGCGGUGGCGCCUGGUUGUCAGAAACACAAAGUGCUAAGAGAACACGGCCGGGGAGUGGAAACCUCUCCUCCCUUUCCCCCAUACAAAGCAUACAAGGAGGUUUUCCCCCACUAUCCCCCCGCGUUUUUAUGA